AUGGAGUUAGAACCCACAGAACACUGUCCUUAUGAUCCAAACCACAAGAUACCAGUCAGCAGGUUACAAUACCAUCUGGCAUCAUGCAAAAAGAAAAAUCCAAAGAUAGCUAAAAAGAUGGCUAACUGCAAAUAUAAUGCUUGUCAUGUGGUCCCGAUCAAAAGACUCAAGGAACAUGAGGCCAGUUGUGCCAACAGAACUGCAAUUGAUGAUGAGCCACUUAACCUUCCAAAGAUUACUCACCCAAGUUUUGAAGGAGAUGAAAACUCCGGCGCUAGUAAUCAGAUUCCUGACCCUGAUGCCUGGAAUGUGGAUAAUAUGCAUCAUUCUCCUUCAUUUGUUCUUGAGACUUUUGCUCCAAAAACGCUGGUUUGUGAAAGUGACUCAAAAGACCUAAAAGAGGCUAUGGCUGAAAAAUAUCCUAACAGCUCCAAGUCUUGGGGAAGAGGUCAGAAAAACUGA